AUGUCAUCUAGUAUCACUCGUCCAGUCUUAUUUAUAGCUGUUCGCGAAGGAGAAUAUGUUUUGAAGGACGAGUUUCAGUUGUCGGCACCAACGCAAAAGUAUCAUAUCUCAGGCUCCCCGCUUGACCCAAAUACUCCUAUAAAAAGUCCUACCCCAGUUCAUCUACAAAUCGUGUCCUUUCCUUUUUCGGAAGGUGCCUUAGGGAAAGAAUACAUGGAAGAACUCCGUAAAGUGCCUGGUGUACAUUAUACUGAAGAAGGCCGGGAAGUCCCUAAUAUCCUUGAAAACUACAAAAGCUCGAAACGAAAGUCCUACACUCACUCCUCCAGUAACUUCAAGCUAUACAGACCAUCCUCACGCCCAGGAAGCUCUACCUUUAAUCCUAAAUGUUUUAUUUCUUCUAUUACUUUUUAUGAGAAUAUUCUUCGUUCUUUCUACACUUCCCCUUCUCUUGGAACAACAUAUGCUUUUGCCAACCAUGAAGAGUCUUUCUACUGGCUCGAUUUAAGUACCAGUGGCACCCAUUCUACUUUGCUUCGCAUAGACUUUCACAGAUCUCGCCCCGUGAGUCACCACAUUAAUGAAUUUACAAAAACUCCAAAGUUUUUAGAAAUUAUCAUCGGGUUUGAUACGGGUGAUGUUCUGUGGUACGAUCCCAUCAAUUACAAGUACUUACGGUUCAAUAAAGGUGGACAUUUUAAUAAUAACUCAGUAACCGCUGUUCAGUGGCUUCCUAAUCAAGAGUCCGUAUUUUUGGUGUCUUUUCAGAAUGGAUGGGUUAUAUAUUAUGACAAAAACCAGCAAGAGCAACCGCUCUACUCUUCCAUUCCGGAAAAAAACUUGAAAUCUUUGUAUCUAAGUUCGCGUGGUACUUUUACUGUGCUUAAAGACUUUCCUUCUCCCGACGAUAGAAAACCUUUAAAUCCCGUUGCUUGUAUUGCUUUUUCAAAUUCCCCAAUUAAUGCAUUUUCAACAUCUCCUGACCACCAACAUUUGGCGGUCGUAUCCGAACGAGGAACUUUGAAACUUUUGAAGUAUGCAGAACUAAAAAUGCUUGACAUUUUUCACAGCUAUUUUGGCGGCUUAUCAUGUAUAGCUUGGUCACCAGAUGGAAAGUUUAUUGUCACUGGCGGAAAGGAUGAUAUGCUAUCGGUUUACUCAUUUCCCCAAAGAAAACUUGUUGCACGUUGUCAAGGACAUAAGUCUUGGGUCUUGGGUAUAACUUUUGACCGAUGGCGUUGCAAAGACGACAGUUACCGCAUCGCCAGUGUUGGCCUCGACUGCCAAUUGCUUUUAUGGGAUUUUCUCGUAAGCGCACUUCACCGCCCAAAGUCUGCCCUUAACUACGUUAAUAAUCAUGCUGAACCAUCCAAGCCGACUAUGAGUGAUCUCGAUGAUGUUGGUGAUCUUAAUGUUCAAUCAGGCUACAAAGGAUUUGAACAAAAUGACAUAACAAUCCACCCAACAGUUUCUCGAUCUCUCAUUCCAAUCAUAUCCCCAAUUACCUCCUACACUGUUGAUGAGGCGCCUGUGACAUCCGUCGUUUUCCAACCUGAUUGUAUGGUUACUUGCUCGUUGAACGGGAGAAUCCGAAUCUGGCAAAGACCCUCAUGUUGA